GGGUGGCCCAUUCACUGCCUUCAUAGACGAUCUUUGUGUGAGUCCGUAGUAUCUGCGUUGAAGAAAAGCUCCUCUCCCACUGGCUGCUAUGACCUAGCUAUCCGGACGACACUUUCUCUUUUCAGGACUGACCGCUGCGUCUGAAAUAGUUUUGUUGCGUUUUGGCAGUUCUCACAUUCAACAUAGGCUCGUUUAUGGUCGCAUUCCUGCGACUUUUUCAUCGUAGCUGCUGGCCUCUCAGGGCUAGCUGGCGAGCAGAGCGGUGACAGAGUGGAGCCAGCUGGUCGGACAGAGGUACAGGAACGUUAGCAGACAAGCUAAUUAGCCAGAAAGACUCAGCCUGGAUUACUGCCUUUAAUCAAACAGCAAGUCUGCGGGUUUACUCACUGCGGCAACAUGAAGAUAACUGUGGAUUUCGAGGAAUGUCUGAAGGACUCCCCAAGGUUCAGAGCCACCAUAGAGGAAGUGGAGGGGGAUGUGUGUGAGUUGGAAUCCAAGCUCGACAAAUUGGUGAAGUUGUGUAUUGGGAUGAUUGAUGCAGGAAAAGCAUACAACGCAGCCAACAAGCAGUUUGUUAGCGGGAUCCGGGAGCUAGCCCAACAGUCCACCAAAGAUGAGGUCAUCGAGUCCAGUCUCACAAAGUUUGCUGAGAGCCUGCAGGAGAUGAUCAACUAUCACACGAUAUUAUUCGAUCAGGCCCAGAGAUCAAUCAAGACCCAGCUUCAAACAUUUGUCAAAGAUGACCUACGUAAGUUCAAAGAAGCUAAGAAGCAAUUUGAUAAAGUGAGCGAGGAAAAGGAGGCUGCGCUCAUCAAGAAUGCCCAGGCUCCCCGCAACAAGCAGCAUGAAGUGGAGGAGGCCACCAACAUCCUCACUGCCACACGCAAAUGUUUCAGACACAUCGUCCUCGACUACGUUUUACAGAUAAAUGUUCUACAAUCCAAGAGAAGAUCGGAAAUCCUGAAAUCUAUGCUGUCCUUCAUGUACGCCCACCUGACAUUCUUCCACCAAGGUUAUGACCUCUUCAGCGAACUACAGCCUCUUAUGAAACAGCUCGGAGGACAGUUGGACCAGCUGGUAGUGGAUGCUGCCAAAGAGAAGAGAGACAUGGAGCAGAAGCACUCCACCAUCCAGCAAAAGGACUUCUCGAAUGACGACACCAAGCUGGAGUACAAUGUGGAUGCAGACAAUGGCAUCGCCAUGGAGGGUUAUCUGUUUAAGAGGGCCAGCAACGCCUUUAAGACAUGGAAUAGGCGUUGGUUCUCCAUCCAAAACAAUCAGCUAGUUUACCAGAAGAAAUUUAAGGAUAACCCUACAGUGGUGGUAGAAGACCUGAGGCUAUGUACAGUCAAACAUUGUGAGGAUAUAGAGCGUCGUUUCUGUUUCGAGGUGGUGUCACCUACCAAGAGCUGUAUGAUGCAAGCAGACUCGGAGAAGCUGCGACAAGCCUGGAUCAAAGCAGUACAGAACAGCAUCGCCACCGCCUUCCGUGACAAGGGAGAUGACGGCGAGAAGCUGGACCGGAAAUCUUCCACAUCAACAGGGAGUUUGGACUCCGGUGGGGAGCCGAAGGAGAAAUCGCUGAAAGGAGAGAGUGCCCUUCAGAAAGUCCUGGCCAUCCCAGGCAACACCUGCUGCUGUGACUGUGGCCAACCAGACCCCCGCUGGGCCAGCAUCAAUCUGGGCAUCACCCUCUGUAUACAGUGCUCUGGUAUUCACAGGAGUCUGGGAGUGCAUUUCUCUAAGGUCCGGUCUUUGACUUUGGAUACGUGGGAGCCAGAACUACUUAAAUUGAUGUGCGAACUGGGGAACAAAGUAAUCAACCAGAUCUAUGAGGCUCGACGAGAGGAGCUAGGAGCCAGAAAACCACAGCCAGGAGACCCGAGACACGAGGUAGAGGCCUACAUCAAAGCUAAGUACGUGGAUCGCCGAUUUGUACGCCGGCCGUCUGACGAGGAGCUUCGCACCAAAGUUGUUUCUCUCAGCAAGCAGGAGAAGAGGCUGAGCAGCAGCUCUGAGCAUCUUCCCCCAAGAGCGCCUCCACCUACCCCCAAACUUCGACCCGGUUCAAACGUCUCUGGUCAGUCAGCUGUUGCCAGUGGCUUGGAGGCCCGCCGCGACUCUCUCUUCUGUCCUGACGAGCUUGACUCGCUCUUCUCCUACUUUGACACCUCCUCCAAGCUCAGGAGCAUAAAAAGUGCAGACAGCGGCAUCCAGAACAGCGCUGAUGGGAGCAGGGAGAUGCUGGCCACCACCCCCUCCAAUAACAGCCUGACAGAUGCAGAUGCUGCCGAGACUCCGCCCAUGCCCAUGCCUGCCACACUGCCUCCUCCGUCACCCUGUAAGGAGAUGGUUUUCUAUGAGCCCAAGGAGUACAGCCCGGGUCUACAGCUUUACUGGGCCUCGUGUGCCCGCAGCCUGCCGGACAUGGCUGAGGCACUGGCCCACGGAGCCGAGGUCAACUGGGUCAACACAGAGGACGACAAGAGGACGCCGCUUAUCAUGGCGGUGCAGGGGGGUUCGCUGGUCACCUGUGAGUUUCUGCUACAAAACGCAGCUAAUGUAAACCAGCAGGACGCUCAGGGUCGAGGACCCCUGCAUCACGCCACCAUGCUGGGACACACAGGGCAAGUGUGUUUAUUUUUGAAACGAGGAGCAAAUCAAAAUGCUGCAGACAUUGACGAGAAAACACCUCUGACCAUAGCGGUGGAGGCGGCCAAUGCAGAUAUUGUCACAUUGUUGCGACUGGCCAAGAUGAACGAAGAGAUGCGAGAGGCGGAGGGGCCCUACAGCCAGUCAGGAGAUGAAACCUACCAGGACAUUUUCCAGGACUUCACCCACAUGGCCUCCAACGACCCGGACAAGCUGAACCGCUACCAGCAGUACGACCCGCAGCGUCCCUGACACAGCAGAAACACCGUCCACUAGCACACAGAGACACUCUGUCUACUCAGCCUGAGAGAGACAGACAAAAAGAUGUCUGCGUCCAACCUGGAAAGACUUCCACUUCCAAAAAAACAUUCAGAAAUCUGCAUUAAAGCCGGUCAGUGCCGCCACAGCUGGACAGCUGUCACCAUAUCUAACAUGUCCGAAGCUCCCGUUUGUCAAAUUGUAUUAAACUGACUCGCAGCUGUGAUUACAGCCCCGGUUGAAAAUACAGGCACUUCACUCGAGUGAAGGGGAACUUCUGUGAACGGAAAACCUCACUUUUUAGACAUUUUUUUAAAAACUGUGCUUCUCAGUAGGAUCGGUUAGAACAAGUGAAUGGUACAGUGUUAGAGCCUUUAAAAGGAUUCGCAAAGAUCAAAUGAAAAUGAAACUGGGUCUGAAUGUAGAGCUGCCGUGGAGGCUGUCAGUUAUUUUGACCAAGUUUAAUCUUUUAUGUCACACUUCCUGACAGAAGAAAUUAAAAAAAACAAAAAAAAAAACAAUUUCUUUUUUAAAAAAUAUAUGUAAGAAAGUGCGCUGCAUCAGAGUUGUAAAGAGAGGUAAGUGCAUGGCAGAUUGUUCCAUUUUAAAGCUGCCUCUUUUCAAUAGGAUCCUCUUUAUGAGCGUAGGCAAAUGCUACAGGAGCUUUUUUUUUGUAUCAAAGUUUUGCUUUAGUGAACUCUCAGCAGUGUAUAAAUGGCAAUAUGCUUUUUCUUAUUUGCACAAAUCCCUUUGUCUUAAAUCACCACUGAUGUUUACUAGUUUUGAUGGUAAGACGUGUUAAACCAUGUACAGUGAUUUUGGAAGUAAACAUGUUGUUAAUGCGUCUUUAAUGUUAAAUAGAUAAAUUGUUUUUUUGAUUUUUUUUUUUUUCCUUUCUUUUUUUUUUAAAUGCUAGUCGUUGUUUUUUUUGACCACGUUUCACUGAAUGAUUUUAAUUUUCCAUGUUGUCACGUCAGUACCUGCCGUACAUGUGAGCGAGGCCGUCGGCCCGUCAGCGUCGCCUCGCUGGUGAUUUUGUAGAAUUAAAAAUAGCAUCAAUCUCAUGUUAAUAUGAGAUGAAAAAGUCAAGAAGGGGAGUUGAACUGUGCAACAGUAUGGACCUUACAGAGUGUAGGCAGCAAUUUUAUUCCCAUUGAUUUUAGAAAUACUGGUCAGUAACCUUCUAAUAGUUUCCUGCAUAGAGCUGUCUCAUUUUUUUUAGUCAUUUGUUAUUAAUUACAGGGAAUCGAGGAUUUUCCUUGACAGAAAGGCUCCAUUUAAAACCAAGUAAAACCUUUUUUUUCAUUAAUUUGAUAUUGGAAACUUUAUUCUCCAUUCAUGUUAAAUUGUGUUCUUGUCUGUAGACAUUUUUGUAUAUUCAGCUGACCUGCUGUGCACUGAGGAAAAGACUCUACUGUAGGUUACAGUUAAUUAGAAGUCUACCAACUGAACAGUGUCCAUAUUUCCCUAUAAUUAUUACCACAUGUCAUAGUCCUUUUUGGCAAAUUUACUAAAAAAAAAAUAGUACAGAGAAAGUAAUUAAUUAUGGACCUGUAAAAUGAAGCCUUACAGAAAAACUAUACAUAGUUGUUUUUGGCGAGGUUUUAUGUGUAGAGUUGUUAGAGAAUCAACUGCAUGACACUUAUCAGGCGACUUCACUGAAAUCUUCAAGUCUUUGAAAUAGAUUCUUCAAAAUUUCAUGCUAGAAGUUCUGUACUGUAAUGUAGUAUCUGUGAUUUUCUUUGUGUUCCUGGAAACUGCAAUAUCUUCACUUCUCAUUCACAGUAUAUAGCAUGAUGUGAUGAUAUGAUAUCAAGCGCAGAGGAAACCGUUGGCCAACGCAACAUGGGAUACAAUUCUUGUACAUUUUGUACAGAUGCUUUUGAAUUCUUUUGAGAACUGAAGUAUGAAGUUAGUGGUACUUGAAUCAUUAAAUAAGCUUUUGUAUAUGCUGUUCUUUGUAUCCUUCAGUAAUUUUAGCCCAUUUUAUAAUGCCUUUCUGUAUACCAAUAUACAUGUACUGUAUAUUAUACCUGUAAUAUGUAAGAACUUCAAUACAUAUUGACUGAGGAUUCA